AUGGCGGCCGCGGCCGCGGUGGUGUCGCCGUCGGCGCUGGAGGACGGGGCUCGCGGCGAGGGCCUCGGGGAGGCGGUGCUGGAGCGCGGGCCCGGCGCGGCCUUCCACAUGUUCGUGGUGAUGGAGGACCUGGUGGAGAAGCUGAAGCUGCUGGGCUACGAGGAGGAGCUCCUGCGCAGGAGCGGCCUGAAGCCGCCGUCCAGACACUAUUUUGCCUUGCCUACCAACCCCGGAGAACAGUUCUACAUGUUCUGCACUCUUGCUUCCUGGUUGAUUAACAAGACGGGACGUCCCUUCGAGCAGCCUCAAGAGUAUGACGACCCCAAUGCAACAAUCUCUAGCAUACUAGCUGAGCUCCGGUCAUUUGGAAGGACUGCUGAUUUUCCCCCUUCAAAAUUGAAGUCGGGUCACGGAGAGCACGUGUGCUGUGUUCUUGACUGCUUAGCUGAAGAAGCACUGAAACGUAGCGGCUUCACCUGGAAAAGGCCUUUAUAUCCAGUGGAAGAAUUAGAAGAAGAAACAGUUCCAGAAGAUGAUGUCGAACUAACAUUAAGUAAAGUGGAUGAAGAAUUUGUGGAAGAAGAAACUGAUGAUGAAGAAAACUUUAUAGAUCUCAACAUUUUAAAAGCCCAGGCCUAUCUCUUGGAUGUGAACGAGUCUGCCAAGCAAGAAGAUAUUUUGGAAUCCACAACAGACGCUGUGGAAUGGGGCCUAGAAGUUGAACGUGUGCUACCACAGCUGAAAGUCAUGGUCAGGACUGACAACAAGGAUUGGAGAAUACAUGUUGACCAAAUGCACCAGCACAAAAGUGGAAUUGAAUCUGCUUUAAAGGAAACAAAGGGAUUUUUGGACAAGCUCCAUAAUGAAAUUAGUAGGACUUUGGAAAAGAUUGCCAGUCGAGAAAAGUACAUCAACAACCAACUUGAGCACUUGGUUCAGGAAUAUCGUGCAGCUCAAGCACAGUUGAGUGAGGCACGGGAGCGGUACCAGCGGGGAAAUGGCGGAGUAACUGAGAGGACCAGGGUCCUGUCCGAGGUCACAGAAGAAUUAGAAAAGGUAAAACAGGAAAUGGAAGAGAAGGGUAGCAGCAUGACCGAUGGUGCUCCUCUGGUGAAGAUUAAACAGAGUUUAACAAAACUGAAGCAAGAAACUAUUCAGAUGGAUAUUAGAAUCGGCGUUGUGGAGCACACCCUACUCCAGUCCAAGCUGAAGGAGAAGUCCAACAUGACUAGAGACAUGCACGCCGCCGUCACCCCCGAGUCCGCAGUAGGCUUUUAUUAAAACACACUGUUUUUCAAGCUUCUGAUCAUGUGUUAUCAUAUUAAAUUACUUACGUUGCUAGAUUUCCAAUCACAAUGCACCUCGUAAAGCAUGUUCAGUGGGCUGCUUGUGUACACACACUGUAUCACGGUGAUUGUGAUGGCAGGAAGCCUUUACCAUGGAUAUAAUGUUUAAUUAAGCCAUAAAAGUCCCCAUGCUCAGAGAUGCUCUCACUCAUCACGACCUCUGUUGGGCUCCUGCCUUGUGACUCCAUCUUCUGAGUAUCCUUGGGGUGUCGCUGAGCACGAGCCAUGUUUCCUGUGCACAGUGCGGCUGUCAAGUCCUGACGGUUGACCCAGGGCUGCCCCUUUGCCGGUCCUCAGAGCUGUUACCUUUCACCUUUCUGCCAUGACCACAAGUGCGUCUGUACCCAGCGGGUUAAGGGUAGCUGGAAGAAUUCCUCACUGGAACCCAACUCCUCUUGUCUCAGCAGUAAAGGACAUGAAGUUACCACUUU